AUGGCUCGCAAUGCCGGAAGAGGUGCAUUGGGCCUGCGUGUUACAACACAACUGACUCAACGUCAACAGGAAAAGCGAUACAGGUCAAUGCAAGAACAUAUUCGACGCGCACAUCCAGACUACUACAUCCCUAAACUACCUGCUACCGAGGAGAGUUUUCAAUUGAUGAUCAGCACCCCGCCCUCCCAAAGACCACAACAACCGUCUCAACCUACGGCGGUGGCGCCGGCGAGAAGAGGCCCUUCGGAUGCGAGUGAUCAUACCCCAUUAUUGGAACAGCCAGCAACACUCACUGGGCAACCUCCAGCGACAGCCAAUGCCGCUGUCGCUCUGGCACAACUGCACAACUGGGACUCUGAUUUUGACGUGUUCCCAGAUUCAGACUACAGACGCGAUACGUCGGGUCUUGAAUUACCAUCACUACGUGCACAGUUCCACGAAGAUACCUUGCCACCUUUCCAACCCUCGCGCACACGCGAAUUAUUACCAUCUAUUUUGCAAUCACCUAGCGGCCGGUACUCAUCUUUACCACCCAUUCAGCGGCGCGACAAACUACAACGACCCCGAAAACCUUCCAUGGGGCAAAAUGCGCGCAAGGGCAAGCACGAACGCGGAAAGUCUAGGGAAUUCUCGGCUAAAGAAUUCUCCCGAAGGUUGAGCGUCGAAGGCCGCAAAGCUAUGUCUGCUGAACCGCCAACGGCGGCUUGGGUCCAAGGCAAGAGAUGGGAGGACCUGAUCGAGGCCGCGACCAGUGCUACAGAAGCUGAUGAUGAUCGUGAUCUCACUCCCAUGCCACAAUCGCCAAACUUUCCGCCCUCUGCGAGCACUACAGCGGCCAGCACCCAUCCCACCACUGCCACGACCGGUCGUAGGCUGUCCGCGGCGGAUAGCGUCACCGCCAGUGGAGGUGCGAACAAGAGAUCAUCCCUACCGCCGGGAUUCCGUCCCUUCGGCCAUCACCUGCAACCUCAGCACGGGCAGUACAAUGCCUCUCCGCUGCAGCGCACGUUGACGCCACCGCCACCAGACUCCCUGGGACCGAACGAGCCCGAGCCUUUUCCUUCAGUCGAGUCAUUGGAGAGCGCGGGAUCUGGGCAGAAUUUCCACAUCUCGGGAUCCGGGCUGCCCACGUCGGCGUCUUCCAACGAUAACACUAGUCCGCUGCAACACCAUUCACACCCUUACCAGCACUCCCAGUCGUCUUCCUUUGGCAGCAAAUCGGAAGUACUGGAAAUAUAUUGCGCAUCGUGCGGUCGACCAUGGUUGCUCAAAAAUGCAUUUGCCUGCACGGAGUGUAUCUGUGGCGUCUGCAGCGAUUGCGUUGGACAGAUCAUCAGCUCUCCUGUGGUCACCGUCCAACCAGGAUACGCGCCGAUGCGCCGCGGCUGCCCCCGCUGCGGAGUCAUGGGCGGGAAGUGGAAGCGAUUCCAACUCGAUUUUCGAUAA